GGAUUGCCAGCCUCAAGAUGCAGUCCUGUGGUUCCUGGCCCCUCCCUGUCCCAAUAUUCAGGGUUCCCAGGCGGCUUCCCACACCCCAUCCCCCACGCUCUUUUGCACGUGCUAACCAGUUUAUAUCCCACAAAACCCACACACAUCCCAACAGUGGAGAGGUGAGAGGAUUCCUUUCGACAGCCCUUCUAGGCAAGGGCAGCGGGUAGUGGGAGAUUGGGGAGAAGAGGAAGAGGAUGGAAGGGUAGAGGGCGGGGGAGGAGGCAGAGGCUGCAGGAAGGCCGGAGAUGCAGGAAGCAGCUGGGAGUGGGGGGAGGCUUUGUGCCUGAGUUGUUCUCUGGGUCCUAGGGUCCACAAUGUUCAUCAUUUUCUGGGAACUGUGGAGUGAAGCCGUGCAUCUGGAUCUGUCAUGGUCUAGGGGGUGGACCUUCACUCCCAGGCCCUGGCAUCUGGGGAAGGGUAGAGGGCAACCCCAGGCACCUUGUUGUGUAUGUGGGGGUUGGGGGGAGCAUCAAAACAGCUGCCAGGACAGGGAACGUAUAGGUCACUGCCAUCCUUCCCCCUCCCUUCCUACACACACUUGCACACAGUGGCCAGAAUCCUUUAGAUUAGAGAUACAAGCUAGAGCUCUCACUGGUGAAACUCUGGCCCCAGUCCUCCAGAAUUCCUCCUCCAAAACUCCUUCUUCCUGUUUGAGAGGCAGGAGUGCUCUAGUAAGGUCAUGAAGACAGGCAUACCACCCCUUCUUUUCCAGCCUGGGUGCAGGGCAGGCAGGUGACAGGACACCCUCUUCAGAAUUCCAGAAGGCAAAAGCCAGCUUCGGACUGCCACCUGGGUGAUGAGGACCAUCUCCUUUCUCUCUUCCCCUUCCUCCUCCACCAUAAGGCCAGCAACACUGGGCCAAGGUUUCACGCCUUAAAGGGUGCAAAAUGUUCCCUAUGGGAAAUUGUUAAAAUGCAGAUUCCAGGGCAAUCUGAAUUUUUUAAAUUUUCAAAGUGAACUAUACUAGGGAGCUCCAAGGACCUUGAAGGAAAUGAUCCUUUGCCCCUCCCCACUAUUCUCCCUCCACACCUCGGGUAGAGGAGGGCCACACUGAGACCACAGUGGUUGGAUUGCCAACUCCCAAUAUUUAGUGGGAGUACGGUUAUGUGGGUUGUGAAAAGCCACAGUCAGAGGUUGGGAUGGAAGGGUUGAAGUGGACAAGCCAGCGACUGGGGUCAGUGGAAGGCUGUGGCGAGGCACGGGCAGGGGAGGGGAAUACAAUCGCGUGGAGGGGAAGGGGAGGGCUCACAGGCUCCGGCCCCGGAAAUCCGAUCCCUUUAGGACCCAGAGGUGCCAGUCCCCAGCGGCGGCUGCGAGAAGGGCAGCCGCUUGGUCUCCGGCAGCCGCCGCUCGGGCAGAGCCAGAGAAAGACCGAGGCUCGGGGCGCGGGGGGGAGGGAGGGAGGGAGGGUAGUGCAGCGGCGGAGCGGCCCGGGCCGGCCGAGCAGCCAUGGGCGCCCUGGUGCCGGGCCCCCCAAGGGCCAAGGCCCCCGGCCGGGGUUGGGGGUGCCGGGGCUACCAGCCCCGCUGACACCGCCUCGGACGAUGUGAGCCGGCGCCUCCGCUUCUGCUUCGCGGGCAGGGCUCGCAGUCCCAGCGGCCCCGGCCGCCGCUUUUCUAAUUUGGGUGGGGGCGACCGUUCCAGGCCGCUCGGUCUUUGGUAGAGGGUCUGGCUGUCUUUGGCAGCUUGAUUGGGGGAGGCGACCCACACAGGGCUCUCGGAGAUUUUUUUUCCUUUUUUUUUUUUUUUUUUUUUUAAAGCGAGGCUAACUGUUUUGGGCAGCUUGGUUUUGGGGGGAGGCUAAAAAAGGCCUUUCGGGGUCCCUUUUCUCUGGGGGAGGGGGCGGUGGUCCCGACUUGGCCAGCCGCCUGUUGGAAGGGGGGAGCGGGAAGCGUGGGGAUGAGAACCCGGCUCCCCCCACUAUGAUGAAGACGGAGCCGCGGGGGCCCGGGGGUCCCCUCCGGAGCGCUUCCCCGCACCGCAGCGCCUACGAGGCGGGCAUCCAGGCUUUGAAGCCGCCCGACGCGCCCGGGCCAGACGAGGCACCCAAGGCGGCCCACCACAAGAAAUAUGGCUCCAACGUCCACCGCAUCAAAAGUAUGUUCCUGCAGAUGGGCACGACGGCGGGCGCGCCGGGCGAGGCGGGCGGCGGCACGGGCCCCACUGAGGCCUUGCGGGCGCCCGAGCGCGGCGUGCGCCUGUCGCUGCCGCGGGCCAGCAGCCUAAACGAGAACGUGGACCAUAGUGCCCUGCUGAAGCUGGGCACCAGCGUGUCGGAGCGCGUGAGCCGCUUCGACUCCAAGCCCGCGCCCUCCGCGCAGCCCGCGCCGCCGCCGCACCCGCCGUCCCGGCUGCAGGAGACGCGGAAGCUGUUCGAACGGAGCGUCCCAGCGGCCGCGGGCGGCGACAAGGAGGCCGCGGCGCGGCGGCUGCUGAGGCAGGAGCGCGCCGGCCUGCAGGACCGGAAGCUGGACGUCGUGGUGCGCUUCAACGGCAGCACCGAGGCGCUGGACAAGCUGGACGCCGACGCCGUGUCGCCGACGGUCAGUCAGCUCAGCGCCGUCUUUGAGAAGGCCGACUCGAGGACCGGCCUCCACCGCGGGCCGGGGCUGCCCAGGGCCGCGGCCGCCGGGGCGCCCCAGGUCAACUCGAAGCUGGUCAGCAAGCGAUCACGGGUGUUUCAGCCGCCCCCGCCGCCGCCCGCCCCGUCGGGGGAUGCCCCAACCGAGAAGGAGCGCGGCCCCGGAGGGCAGCAGCCCCCGCAGCACCGAGUGGCCCCCGCCCGGCCGCCCCCCAAGCCUCGGGAGGUGCGCAAGAUAAAGCCGGUGGAGGUGGAGGAGAGCGGGGAGUCGGAGGCCGAGGCGGCGCCCGCGGAGGUGAUCCAGGCGGAGGUGACGGUCCACGCGGCCCUGGAGAAUGGCAGCGCCUUGGCAACCACCGCCAGCCCCGCGCCCGAGGAGCAGAAGGCCCAGGCGGCCCCCGAGGAGGAGGCGGCGACCGUGGCGGCGCCUGAAAGAGGGGUGGGCAAUGGCCGGGCCCCGGACGUGGCCCCCGAGGAGGUGGACGAGUCCAAGAAGGAGGAUUUCUCGGAGGCGGACUUGGUGGACGUGAGCGCCUACAGUGGGCUGGGGGAGGACUCUGGGGGCAGUGCCCUGGAGGAGGACGACGAAGAAGACGAGGAGGAGGGUGAGCCCCCCUACGAGCCCGAGUCGGGGUGCGUGGAGAUCCCGGGGCUUUCGGAAGAAGAGGACCCGGCCCCGAGCCGGAAGAUACAUUUCAGCACGGCGCCCAUCCAAGUGUUCAGCACCUACUCCAACGAGGACUACGAUCGUCGCAACGAGGACGUGGAUCCCAUGGCAGCCUCUGCUGAGUACGAGCUGGAGAAGCGGGUGGAGAGGUUGGAGCUGUUCCCUGUGGAGCUGGAGAAGGAUUCCGAGGGCCUGGGCAUCAGCAUCAUUGGCAUGGGGGCCGGGGCUGACAUGGGCCUGGAGAAGCUGGGCAUCUUUGUUAAGACUGUGACUGAAGGCGGUGCGGCCCAUCGGGACGGCAGGAUCCAGGUGAAUGAUCUCCUGGUGGAAGUGGAUGGAACAAGUCUGGUGGGAGUGACCCAGAGCUUUGCAGCCUCCGUGCUCCGGAACACCAAGGGCCGUGUGCGAUUUAUGAUUGGCCGGGAGCGGCCUGGUGAGCAGAGUGAGGUGGCCCAGCUAAUUCAGCAGACCCUGGAACAGGAGCGAUGGCAGCGGGAGAUGAUGGAGCAGAGAUACGCCCAGUACGGGGAGGAUGACGAGGAGACAGGAGAAUACGCCACUGACGAGGAUGAGGAGCUGAGCCCCACAUUUCCGGGUGGCGAGAUGGCCAUCGAGGUGUUCGAGCUGGCAGAGAACGAGGAUGCCUUGUCCCCUGUGGACAUGGAGCCUGAGAAGCUGGUGCACAAGUUCAAGGAGCUCCAGAUCAAGCAUGCUGUGACUGAGGCAGAGAUCCAGCAGCUGAAAAGAAAGCUGCAGAGCCUGGAGCAGGAGAAGGGGAGGUGGCGGCUGGAGAAGGCCCAGCUGGAGCAGAGUGUGGAGGAGAACAAGGAGCGCAUGGAAAAACUGGAGGGCUACUGGGGCGAGGCCCAGAGCUUGUGCCAGGCUGUGGACGAGCACCUGCGGGAGACCCAGGCCCAGUACCAGGCCCUGGAGCGCAAGUACAGCAAGGCCAAGCGCCUCAUCAAGGACUACCAGCAGAAGGAGAUUGAGUUCCUGAAAAAGGAGACAGCACAGCGCCGGGUUCUAGAGGAGUCAGAGCUGGCGAGGAAGGAGGAGAUGGACAAGCUCCUGGACAAGAUCUCAGAACUGGAAGGAAACUUGCAAACACUGAGGAAUUCCAAUUCUACUUAACAGGAAUCAUUCCUUGACCGGACAAUAAUUAAUCCCCUCCCAUUGUCCUCCCUCCCCUGUCCUCAAUACUUCACCCCGCCCCCUACCAGCCUGGGGACAGGUGCCCCGACUCCCCCACCCCUCCACCCCACCUCCCCCAGCUUCAGGGACCAGAGGGCCCAUAUUACAGGCCCCCUUAAGGUGGCCCAGGCAGACAGGUGGUUGGAAGGAUGGCCUCCUUCUAGCCUUUGGGGCUGAGGCACAGAGGCCAUGGGAUGCCAAGGGCUGGCCUGGGUGGUGGAUGGACACGAGGACCUGCAGACCAAACUGCCAGACUUUACAACCUCCAGCCUUUGUCUCUGGACUGGAAAGGGGCUGGGGGCUCUCCCAGCAUCUCACCACCUGGAGGCUGCUCCCUGCUCACGGGGCUCCUAGGUGGCCCCUGGGCCUCUUGACUUGAGAGUCUACCUUCUUGACCCUUCCCCGCUCCCCUGUCAUUGUGCUGUUCUGUUGCAUUCUGACCCUCCUGCUGGGAGGGGUUGCCUCUACACCUCUCCUCCCAUCCCUGUCUGCCCUCCCAGGAGGGGUAGAGUCUACCCAGAGCCUGGAGGCUAGGCCUGGCCCUGCACUGAUUUCUCAUGUAUCCUUCGUGAAAAGGGGAGAGUCCAGGACACCUGAUGUCCAGCUCCCCCUUUUCUUGGGGCAGCAGCCCUCAAUUUCUCCUUGUGCCUCCCCUCCCCCAGGUGCCAAAUAGCCAUAACCUCUUCCUGGAACGGUUCUGCGGCCUCUUUGGGGACCAGGUUUCCUGGCCAACCCUGGGAAUGAGAGGGAGGAGAGGAGGUCAGCUUAGGGGGCCUGGUGUUAGGCAAGGGGAACAUUUGUCACUGGAGAGCCAGGCCCUGUCCUGCCCUACGCAGGGCCACACCUGGAAGCCUUGUACUAACAUUGCAGAGAUUCAGCCUCACCCCACCCACACCCACAGUUUUCCAAUGUUUUGACUGGAGGGCAAAAUUUUACUACUUUUCAUCUUUUUGGAGACCAGGGCUGCCCUGCUGGCAGCCUGCUUUCUAAGUGAAAUCGACUCCGUUUCCCCACUUUAACCCCAAAUUGGGGCUUGGACCAAGGGAGGUGAGACCCCCCACCCCAGGUCCCCUCCCUUUUCAGAUUACAUCUCUCAUUUUGCCUCUUCCUCAUGGCCCUGCCUCAGCCUGGGAUUUUGUUCUUU